UUGAGAGCGUUCUGUCAAAAUUUCUCAUUUGCGGGCGGUGGUGUGUUGAGGGAGUCAAAGAAAAAAUCUUUAUUUUGAAGUGAAAUGGACUACGAUGGUGAAGAAGACAAUUUCCUGGUCGAUUUUGAUCCAUUUGAGCAUGCUGAGGAUGACUAUGAAUCUCAGGAGGAUGCGGAGAUGCCCAAAGCUCCGCCAGAAUUCAACAAAGUUGCCAAAGAAUUCGACAUUGAUCUCAGGUAUUCGCGUGAGAACAACCUGCAGCGGAGAGUACGUCCUGAUGAUGUCAAGCUGAAGAUAAUCCAGGUUGUGAAGGACUACCCCUGCCUCUAUGACAGGAAGUGCGAAUACUUCAGGAAUCCCAGCUACACAGCAAGAGCUUGGAAUAAUGUUGCAAGCAGAGUUAGAAUGUCGAAGGAUGAAUGUCGGAUGAUAUUUUCGAGCCUCUUUAGGGAAUUUGCCAUUACAUACGUCAUUCUGCGUGACCAGAAGCUCGUGGAUGAGGGUUUGCAUCGUCGAAAGAUAUUCAUCUACUACGACCACAUGCUCUUCUUCAGGAAUCAAAUUAACGUUCCAAUGGUGCGACAGAAUCAGGUGCAAGCCAUUGUAAAUGGACUGAAUAGGAAUAUUGUGAAGAAGGAAAACCACCGAGCUAGGCGAGAGAAGAACUUUGAUGCUAAAUAUGCUGAAUUAGUUAAAGGAGAGAAUGUUGGGGAGAAGUCAUUGGAGCAGCCGGCUACUGUACUGUAUGAAUCGGAAGAUAUAAAAGAGACCACAACUCUAACAGAUGUGGAUCUUGCCUAUUCAAAGGACAACAAUCUCCCUGCAAAAAUCCUUCCGGAUGAUUUCAAUGUUAAGGUCAUAAAUGCCGUAAAGGCCUAUCCUUGCCUGUACGAUAGGACAAGUGAGAAUUUCAAGAAUCACACCCUGAAGGAUCAUGCCUGGACUGAUGUGGCUAAAAUGCUAAAUUGUGAAAAAGGAGAAUGUAAGAAAACUUUCGCAACACUUUUCCGGGAAUUUUCAAUGACUUACGUCGUUUUGCGCGAUAAAGAGCUUGUCCGGAUGAAAAUUCUCCCCAAGAUCUUCAUCUACUACGACCACAUGAUGUUCUUCAAGAAGCAAAUAAACAUCCCCCUUGUGAGGCGCAAUGAAAUUCAACAUCUUCUCAACAUUGCCGAUGGGAACAAAUCUAAGCCAUCAAAGCCCAAAAAGCUCCCCGUUGAGGUGAAGAAAAUCAAAGAGGACGUUGAUGGAGAUAAUUUUGAUCCUUUUGUGAUUUCUAAUCAACGGGAAAAGGCAAUGGGGAAGAAAUUGGGCUCUUUUGACACUGAUCUUGCUUACAUAAAGAAGCACAAAUUGCGCGAACGUAUUGGGCCAGAGGAUAAAUCCUUGAAACUAAUCAAAGCCAUUGAGAAAUAUCCCUGUUUAUACGAUGAGAAGCAUCCGGAUUACAAACAGAACAAGAAUCAACAGCCAGCAUGGCGGAAAGUCUCUGAAAUGACAAAUAUUCCACUUUUACAGUGCUGGAGUAAAUUUAAGGCUCUCUUCUUUAAUUUUUCAACCACCUACGUCAUUCUGCAGGAUCCAACUCUCGUGGCACAGGGUUUACCAAAAAUGUUCCUUUACUACGAGCACAUGUUGUUCCUCAAACCUUUUGUCAAGUUUCACGGCAUCCGGAAGCACCAUGUGCCGUUUAUUGUGAAGAAAAUAAUGAAGAAUCGUAGUGCAAAGGAAGCUAAAGCCCAGAAGAAUCAUCAAUCGCGUCCAGCAACGAAGCAACCACAAGUUAAUCCUUGGAAACCCUGGAUGGGGGAUAAUCCGCCCAAUUUCGGGAAGAGUCCCCCCGUGAGCAGUGAUGGUAGCCAAUCAGGACCAUCUACGUCUCAGUAUUCAGCUGCACAUCUAUCAGAUCAUCCCCGGGCAGGCAAUUCGAAAUUUUCCAGCUUCCCAAUCGAUGAGGAAUUGAGUGAGAAGCAAAUUCAGCAAUUGCAGAAGUACAGCUUAACUUUCCACAAGAAACUCAUAAAGAUGGUCAAGCAGUUUCCCUGCCUGUACAACACAAACUCCCAGGAUUAUCACAAUGUUGAGAUGAAGCAGAUAAUUUGGGAAGAAAUCUCCAAGAAAUGCGCACGAAGUAGUAAUGAGUGCAGGGAUGCAUUUAACUAUCUCCUGAAGAAAUUCGGUGAGACGUACGUGGGUAAAAUGGUGUCACGCCUUGGAGUGCCGGAAGAGACGAAGCGGAAACCAUUCCAGCACUAUCGGGAAUUGCGAUUCCUCAAGCGUUACAUUCCGCUGCAGGAAGUGAAGGAUAGCCUGCUGCAGGAUCCACGGUAUACGCUCGUGCAGAAGAUGAUGAUUACGGAAUUUCAGCAUAGUCCAGAUACAUCCCCGGACAUUAGUGAGCUUCGUGUGCCCCAGCAAUGGGAUAGUCCUACUAAUGCCAGGGAUGUUUGGGAGGAAGAGCCGUGGGAGAAUGAAUUUGACAGAGAGGAUUUGCAGCUUUUGGAGGUGGAUCGUUUGCUCCCCAGUAGGCCGCAGCAAUGGGAUAGGGAUGCUGAUGAGAGAGAUCGUGUACAGUGGGAGAGAGAUCGCAUGCAGGAAAGGGAGAGAGAAAAUAAUUUGAGGGAUUCUCAAUGGGAGAGAGAUUCAGACAGAAGAGGAGGUCCUCCGCAGUGGGAGAAGGAAAAUGUUUUAAGGGGUUUUCAGGAAUUGGAGAGAGAUCAUGAUUCAAGGGAUUCACCGCAGUGGGAGAGAGAUCGUGAAGCUAGAGGAUCACAACAACAAUGGGAGAGAGACAAUGAAAAUUCCGACUUGAGAAAUAAUUUCUCUCGAAAUUCCCACAAUCCCAUAACACCUCCUCCUCCACAGCAUUAUUCAGGAUUCAGCGGAGGGGCUUCCGGACAAACGGAUCCCGGCAAUUCUCAGUGGAACAACACUGAACGGCCUGUUGUGGAUGUCGAUGAAGUUGAUUCGUUUUUCCAGCAUCUCUCCCAGAAGAUCAAAGACUCCAACAUUGGUAGUCACACCUUUAUUGAUGUUCAAUCGGCCAUUCUCAAUGUACUAGCUUGUAAAUUGCGCACGUAUUGAAGGGAAGAAUGUAUUAGAUUGUAGAAGAAUUCAUGAUAAAAUUGAAAUAAAAUGAAGUUUUUUGUAGUAAGUCAGCUACACAGCCGUAUGGCUCAGCUUGA